AUGCUGCGCGGAUUCAACGGUAAAUACACCUACAAUGGAGAGCAAUACGACGCUAUAGCUCCACCACAAGGAGCAGUAUAUGAAAAGUGCAGGGAGGACGUCACCAAAGCACUAAAGUUGAACGCACCCUGUGAAACAAAGAACUGCACCUUCAACGGCGUGUGGAGUGGCGGCGGCGGAGCUGGCCUGUCCGACCUCUACAUCACCACCAGCUUCUACUACACGGCAUCACAGGUUACAGGGAGCCACUAA